AUGGAUGGUAAAAGAUAUCCCUUGAGUUGGGCGAAAAACUUACGGGAGUUGUAUUGCAAACCCGAGCAUCGACUUCUCACAUUAUUGGACGCCUCCUCGUUUGCUGCUACAUCUUAUCUCGAUUUCAGCGAUCCAAAUUUAGCACCAGACUUCACUGUCUUCAGCUUGUAUAAGAUUUUUGGAUUUCCGGAUCUUGGAGCUUUGCUAGUGAAGCGUUCCUCCGAAUGGAUGUUUGACAAUCGCAAGUAUUUUGGCGGAGGCACGGUAGACAUGGUCGUUUCUGGAAAGGAGAAGUGGCAUGCCCCCAAAUCACAGUUCCUCCACGAGAGGCUAGAAGACGGGACACUUCCGUUUCACAACAUAGUGGCUCUCGACAUUGCCAUGGAUAUACAUCGACGACUAUUUGGCUCCAUGGAUCAAAUCAGCUCCCAUACUUCAUACCUCACCCAACGCAUGUUCCAAGAAUUGAGCAAUAUGCGACAUGCAAACGGCACCCCGGUUUGCAAACUUUAUACAUCUGCAUCAAGCGACAAAAACAUUCUUGGAAACGGGCCUGUCGUUUCUUUCAAUCUAAGGAAUAGCCAGGGCGCUUGGAUAAGCCUUGCCGAGUUUGAGAAACUUGCUACUCUCAAAAACAUUCAUAUUCGGACCGGCGGGCUGUGCAGCCCAGGCGGCAUUGCUUCAGCCCUAGACUUGCAACCUUGGGAGAUGAAGAAGAAUUUCUCCGCCGGGUUUCGUUGCGGUGCAGACAAUGAUAUCAUGUCCGGGAAGCCCACCGGUGUCAUUCGAGCUAGCCUCGGUGCAAUGAGCACGAAAACAGAUGUCGAUAGAUUUGUUGCUUUUCUCAAGGAGUUCUACCAAGAAAGAACGUUACCAAACGUUUCUUCUGAUCUAGACCUCCAGAAAUCCAUCGACGUCUCUAACUCUUCCGCACUCAAGGUUAAAACUAUUACUAUCUACCCAAUAAAAAGCUGCGCCGGGUACUCGAUCCCAUCUGGGGUUCCUUGGGAGGUUCGACCAGAAGGUCUAGCAUGGGAUCGUGAAUGGUGCUUGGUCCAUCAUGGUUCUGGGCAUGCUUUGAGUCAGAAACGCUGCCCUAAGAUGGCUUUGUUAAGACCAACAUUAGAUUUUGGCAAGGGCGAGCUGAUCAUCUCAUAUCGUGGGACACAGCAUAGCGGCCAGCCAAGCCAAAUAUCCAUCCCAUUAUCAGCAGACCCUUCUGUCAUUGACUCCAGCAUUAACAGGCAAUCUUCCAGAGUUUGUGGCGAGAAGGUGAGCACACAGAUAUAUACAUCGGACAGGAUCAACUCUUUUUUCUCGAAUGCUCUUGGGAUUCCUUGUUUCUUGGCGCGCUUCCCCCCUGGUGGCUUGGGACUGAAGAGCCGUCUUUCCAAGGCUCAGAUUCAAAGAUAUCAACAGCCUUCAAAAAUCCACGAAUUACCAGGUUCCUUCCCAGAUGUGCCAUCACCUCCCGAUUCGGACUCUGAACAGCAGAAACCUACCAAGAUUCUUCUCUCUAACGAGAGCCCUAUCUUGGUAAUACAUAGUUCGAGUGUUGAUGCUCUGAACCAGCAAAUCAUUGACCGUGGUGGAAACCCAGUUGAAGAUAAGUCAUUUAGAGCAAAUAUAACACUCGAACAAGGUCCUGGUUUUAAAACACAGCCAGCCUUUUCUGAGGAUCACUGGGGCUCUAUGAGAAUUGGCCGCCAGAACUUCAGGCUUCUGGGUGCAUGCCGCAGAUGUCAGAUGGUAUGUAUAGACCAAGAAACUGGCGAAAAGAAGGAAGAGCCAUUUGUGACGCUUGCAAAGACAAGGCGCUUCGAUGGCAAAGUUUACUUUGGGGUACAUAUGCGGCAUGAUCCUUUCGCUGGAGGAGACGUUAUGAAAAAAGAGUCACAAUGCCCAACAAUUGAGGUUGGAGAUUCUGUUUCUGUAGAGCUUCGUGAGUGA